AUGGUCAAAGACAACGAUACCGUCAUUGAGGAGUUCAAUGAACUCGUAAACAUGUCCGCCAAAGAGCUUCAAGAUUGGCUCGGUCAAGAAGAAUCUGCCGGUGCCGGCUGGUCUAAAGACGACGGCUCUGGCGAAACCAUCGGCCACGACAGCGGCCGUAAAAUUGUCGCCAUUCUAGAGAAGAACCCUAAGAAAGACCCCAAUAAGUACGACCAAGACGACAUCGACCACAUGCGCAAGGUUGUUGCGUACUGCAAGAGGCAUCUUGCGCAGGAGGAGAAGGCUAAGCAGGAUACGAACAGCAAGAGCUAUAAAAGUUUGAAGAAUUGGGGUCAUGAUGCGCAGAAAGCUUAG